CAUUCAGGGUAGUUUUACAUUCUACUAUUAUCUGUAUAGCCGCAUAUAGCCCUAUACAUAUACCUAUAUAUACAUAAUAUUUUAUGUUUAUUUUUCCAUUUCUAAUUUAAAGAUUUACUAAAUAAACAAAAUUUUAUAUUUUUUUAUCAAUUAUCAGUAUAAAAAAAAUCCAUGUGCUAAUAUAAUUAAUUUUACAAUAAUAAUUAAGUUUUUCUUCUUUUUUUUCUAUUUAUCAAUGGUAUCAUUGUAUAUAAUUAACUAACUCAUCCUGGAAUAUACAAGAUAAUUUUAACGUUUUGAAAUGUACGUCGCAGGAAUAGCUGGAGCAGCCGUUUUUUAUUUUACCAUAUUGGGUGUAAAUAUCUGGGCUGCUACUAAAAAAAGAAAAAAAAUUCAAAGUAAAUCUCUAGAUGAUUUAAUAUUAGGAAAUCGCGAUCUUGGAUUGCUUUUAGGAGUUUCAUCGCUUGUUGCAACUUGGACAGGAGGAAUUUUUGUACAUGGUACCGCAGAAGCAAUAUUUAGUAAAAGUUUAGCCUGGUGUCAGAUGCCUCUUGGUUACAGUUUGAGCCUUUUCUUUGGUGCAAUACUAUUUGUUAAACCAAUAAGAAAUGUUGAAUAUGUGACAAUACUUGAUCCUUUUCAACAGCAAUAUGGUCCACGAUUUGGUGGUUUAUUCUUUCUUCCAACACUUAUAGGUGAUCUUUUGUGGUGUGCUGCUAUAAUUAAAGCACUUGCCAAUACCAUAAGUGUAAUUUCUGAAAUUGAUGGCAACAUUUGUAUCACUGCAGCAUUAAUUCUUAUUAUUAUAUAUACGAUAUUUGGAGGGUUUUAUGUAACUUGUGUUGCUGAUGCUCUUCAACUAAUUUUUGUCAUAUUCGGAUUGGCAAUAGCAACUCCUUAUGUUAUAUUGAAUCCAGCUGUAGUAUCUUUAGAAAGAUAUUUAAUUAAAAAUAAGGAUUGGCUGGGUGAGGUCACCACAGAAGACCUUGCUGAUUGGAUCGAUCGUUUACUCUUGCUCAUCUUUGGAGGUCUAUCCUGUCAGAGUUAUUUACAGCAAAUUAAGAGUAUUAAAAAUACAUCCACUGCAAAAAUAGUAUCAAUUAUAUCAAUGAUAUGCUGUUUAACAGUAGCUGUACUGUCUGCAUUAAUUGGACUUGUAGCAAGAGAAACUGAUUGGUCUCUAAUUGAAAAUUUUAAUCAAACUACUUUAUCUAGCACUAGCUCUAUUUUACCAAUUAUUUUAAAAUAUCUUACACCCCAGUGGGUUUCAUUUAUUAGUCUAGGUACAAUUUUAGCUACCAUCAUGUCAUCUGCUAGUUCAAGUAUUCUGUCGAGUAGUUUCAUCUUCUCUAGAAAUAUUUACAGAAUUACUAUCAGACCCAAGGCGACUGAUAAAGAACUUAUAUGGAUCUUGAGAAUAACUGUCAUCAUUAUUUCUCUAAUAUCUGCAGGGAUUGUUUUCAAUGUUCGUAGUGCAAGUGUUUACUAUCUAUCGUACUUAUCCUCGGACUUGACCUACGUCGUCUUGUUCCCUCAACUGCUUGCAGUAAUUUAUUGGCCAUCACUCAUCGAUACUUAUGGAUGUCUUGCAGGAUAUUUAGUUUCAAUAAUUAUGAGAAUAGCAGGAGGGGAAAAAAAAUUGGGUCUUUGGCCUCCAUUAAUAUACUAUCCGUUCUUUGAUCAACAAACUCGGGUUCAAAAAUUUCCCUUUCGUACUGUAGCUGUUAUAUCUUCGAUAAUUAUACAAUUGUUCGUAAGUUUUAUUACCAAACGUAUUUUUGGUAAUGGUAACGGUACUAGUAAAGAUGGAAAUACUAAUGAAAGAAAACUCUGUUGGCUAAAAUAUUGUGAUUUUCUUGGUGUUUAUUAUUUAUCUGGAAAAAAAGGAUCAAAAAAACAAUCUUGUGUUGCUCAAAGUAGCUCAGGUGCAGCACUUGUUCUAGAUGAUUCUGCUAUUACUCAAGAAGGUUCACUACAUGAUGGAUGUGAUUCUACUGACAGUCAAGAAGAACUAACAGUCGGAUCAGUAAAUCAUUAUCAUCAUCAACAGCAACGACAUAAAUCCAUACUAAACUAUGAGGAUUCAUCAUCAUCCCGACAAAAUGUUUCCAAAGAAUCCAAUAAUAUAAUAGACUUGAGUAAUUUUAAAGCCGAUCAUACUCUUCGCCGUGGUAUGAGUGUUCAUAAUACUCCUGUUACUCGAACAGAUCAUAACCCUUUUCCAAAGAAUGCAACACAAACACCUGGACGUAUUAAUAAUAUUCAUAAUAAUAAUAAUUGCCGUAAGGUAAUCUCGAUUCACCAAUUACAGUCCAACAACAGCAAUAAUAAUAAUCAUAAUAUAAAUUCUGGACAAAUUUUGGCUGUAAGAAAUUUAAUUCCUAGCACUUGUUAUCUAACCAACAGUGAACCAACUAACAAUAUAAGCGUCAUCAAUAACAAUAAAAAUAAUAACAAUACUCAAAGAAUUAUUAAUAAUAAUAAUAAUAAUAAUAAUAAUAAUAAUAAUAAUAAUAAUAAUAAUAAUAAUAAUAAUAGUUCAGCUACACCAACAGCAGUUGCUGAUAUGACAUCAUCGUUUUGUAGUACUCCAAGUAACGGAAAAAUUUCACAACAUUUACUUAAUUCUACUGUGAUAUAUGGAAAAUUAGAAAGCAUUGAAAUUAAAAAAGAAAUUGAAAAUAAAUUCAAUGGUGUUGUAGUUGGAGAUCGUAGUUCUUUAGAUCUAAAUCUAAAUUUAAAUUUAAAUAAUAAUUUUAAGGAACCAACUGCGGCCGUAAUACCUUUAUCAUCCUUAUCGUCAUCAUCAUCAUCAUCUACUGGGAUUGUUAAGAAAAAUGUUGUUGGUGUAAAGCUCGUUGGUAUGGAUGAAUCGGCUAGUCUUCGGCGUCCUUCGCAGCAGAGCACAUUUUCUCCAACACCAUCUGUCGAAUUAGUACACAUUAUAGACAAUAAUAAGAACCUCAAUAGACAAGAAGAAGAAAAAGAAGGAGAAGAAGAAGAAAGAGGUGUUAGUAGUAUUGGCGGACCAAUAUCAUUAUCACCUAUUCCAUCUACUUUAGGUGUAGAAGCCUGUAAAAUUCAUGGUACUGCUGUUGGUGGUUCCGGUAAUGAGCACUGUAGAAUUAAACGAGGAAUUGUAAGGCACCAUAGUUUUAAUGAAACUGGUGAUCGAGCAUUAACUACUCUUGCAAGGCAACCAGCAUAUCCAUCGAUGCCGUUGCGAACAGAAGAUUGUCGAAUGACUGUAUUAAUGACGACGAAAAAAGAUGGUAAGGGAAAAUCUAAUAGUAACCAUAUAGUUAGAUAUUCUUCCGUAGCGGAUGACAAGGAUCAUACUAAUCGUUCUGGUGUUACUGGAAGACGUGGACUUGUUAUAAGUCCUACUUAUGGCAUUUAUAAAAAAGAAAUAACUGCCGAUUUAAACUAUUCAACAAUUGCUACUGUUACUUAUACAAAUAACUACGAUGAUAAUGAUAAUAAUGAAGAUGAUUGUCAUGACGAAGAUGAUAAUGAGGCAAUUAGUAGAUUCUAGUCUGAC